AUGGCGGACUCAUCGGAGAGAUUUGCGAACACGGACAUAAUCGAGCUCACGGGGAAGAUAAUGGUGGUGGCAAUCGUCCUCCUCCUGUUCGUCGUCGUCUUCGUCUUCUGCCUCCACCUCUACGCCAAGUAUUUCUGGUACCGCCGCCCUGAAAACCCUGUCCCCGCCCCCGAACCCCUCCCCCGCCGCCGCCGCCGCCGCCGCCGCAGAUUCGACUUCGCCGACGGCUACCCGGAGCUGUCCGUCUCCCGCCGCGGCCUGGAUCCCUCUGUCCUCAGAGCCCUACCCGUCAUCAUGUUCGACCCGGAAGAGUUCAAAGACGGGCUGGAAUGCGCGGUUUGCCUCUCCGAUAUCUCCCAAGGUGAAAAGACCAGGCUUUUACCCAAAUGCAGCCAUGGAUUUCACCUGGACUGUAUUGACAUGUGGUUCGAAUCACAUUCAACUUGCCCUUUAUGUCGAAACCCGGUUAAAAAUCCAAACGGGUCGGGUUCCUCAGACGAGCCACAGUUAGAUUCCAUUGUAAUUCAAAUUCCGGCAGUUGAAAAUUCGGGAGAAGAUAGCAAUUUUCAGACCGAGACCCCGAAUUUUCCGACCAAUGUGUUGAUUUGGGGAGAUGAGACUCAAGUCAGCACAUUUACUCCUUCUGUUGAGGAUGCUAGUGAUAAUGAUAACAAUAAUGUUGUUUUUGUUGAGCAAUCACCGAGUUUAUCGAGUUCAUCUGUACCAGUCGAGUCAACUAGCAGCUUGCCGGAGAUUGCACGUCAGGUGGAUGAGGAAGACGAACAAAAAUCUUCAGUGCCCGCGAGAAUCAAGUCGAUAAAGAAGCUGUUGAGUUAUAAUCAUAAUAACAGAAGGGUUAAUCCUUCUAGCUCGAUAAAUUCGGAUAUUGAGCAAGACUUGCGAUAG